UUAAAAAUUAAGGCCUUUUAUCGACUUAGAAUCUUGGUUAACUUUUUUGUACCAGUCAACUUUUUGACUGAACUGGUUGAGAUAUUAAAUUGAAAGUUGGAAUACUUGUUUACCAUCAUGGUCCCAAAACAUGGGCAGGAGAAGGUAAUUCUGUUAAGGAUUUUAUUUGAAUUAUGGCCCUUUUUGACUUAGAAACUCAGUUAAAAUUUUCAUUCUUGUCCACUUGUUGACUUAACCAUUUGAGAUAUUACUUUGGAAGUUGGAGUUCUUAUGUGCCAUCAUGAGACCUAUCUGUAAGCAAGAGAAGAUAACUCUGUGAAAAUGUUUCUUGAUUUGUACUUAGAAAUUCCUAGUUAAAGUCUUGUGUGCCCUUAACUGUCAAAGUUUUGUUUUAUAGGCAAGCACUAAAAAAGUCGAGCGCGCUGUCCUUCUGACAGCUCUUGUUCACUCACCUGUCAUGAAACUUGGUCAGAAUGCUUGUCUAGGUAAUUGUUCGGAUGAGUUUGAUGGGUCAGGAAAAGAAGUAAGAAUGGAACCUGUAGUUCUGAAGCAUAGACGCACUACUUUAGAAAGAGCAGAGAAGUUCAUUUCAACAAAAUACUUUGCAGACGUUAAUCUUACAAGCAGACUGUAUCCAAAGAAAGCUCCUGUUCAAUCUAUAAAGCACUGGGCAGCACCAUUGAACAAAUAUACCCCAUAUAAGGAUGCAGUGAAACAAAAAUACAAGGCGGUGAAAGUAGGACAGUCCUUUGGACCAACAUGGGCAACACACUGGUUCCAUAUAUCGGUGACUGUACCAAGAGACUGGACUGGGGAGGAGGUUAGACUGAGAUGGGAUUCUAGCUCCGAGGCCUUGGUCUGGGUUGAUGGGGAGCCAAGGCAGGGUUUAUGCAAAGAGUAUGAGCGUUUUGAUUUCCCUCUAACUGAAAAAUUGACUGAAGAUCAUUUAAGCUUUACAGUGUAUGUAGAAAUGGCCUGCAAUGGAAUGUUUGGGGCUGGCACUGACACAAUGAUUUCCCCGCCUAAUCUCGAGAAACAGUUCACCUUGAGUACAUGUGAGGUGGCUGUCUAUAACAGGCAGGCAUUCAAUCUGUAUAGAGAAGUGGAAUUUCUACAUGAUAUAGCAAAACAUUUACCAGAGGGGAGUGAGAGAGGCUACCAGGCACUGUAUACAGUCAAUGAAAUGCUGAAUGCUUGUGAUGUGAAUGACACUGAUUCUUAUUCCAGAUGUCAUGAAAUUGCCAACAGAUUUCUCCGUCAGAAAAAUGGUGACAGUCAGCAUAAAAUGUAUGCAAUGGGUCAUGCGCAUAUAGAUACAGCUUGGUUGUGGCCAUACAGUGAAACUAUAAGGAAAUGUGCGCGCAGCUGGUCUUGUACUAUACGUCUGAUGGAAAAAUAUCCCGACUUUACCUUUACAUGCUCCCAGGCCCAGCAAUACGAGUGGGUGAAGGAGAGAUACCCCAGUUUGUAUGCUGAUAUAAAGAAGUAUGUGGCAGAAGGAAGGUUUAUACCUGUGGGUGGAACAUGGGUUGAAAUGGAUGGCCUGCUUCCUAGUGGUGAGUCAUUUAUCAGGCAGUUUCUGUAUGGUCAGCAGUUUUUCAAGAAAGAAUUUGGUAUUACCUGCAAAGAAUUUUGGUUACCAGACACGUUUGGCUACUCAGGUCAGUUGCCACAGAUUAUGAGGCAUUGUGGGAUAACGCGUUUUCUUACGCAGAAAAUGAGCUGGAAUUUAGUGAACAAGUUUCCUCACCACACAUUUUGGUGGGAAGGUAUUGAUUGCAGUAGAGUACUGGCCCAUUUUCCACCUGGUGAUUGCUACACAAUGAGAGGCAAAGUAGAGGAGGUGUUACGAACAACGAAAAACUUUAAAGACAAAGGCCGAUCAGACAAGACAGCUUUUCUGUUUGGAUUUGGUGAUGGUGGAAAUGGACCAUCAGAAGAAAUGGUUGAAAGACUAACAAGAAUGAAAGAUGUAGAUGGAUUACCAAAAGUUAAAAUGAGCACACCUGAUCAGCUUUUUAGUGACAUCGAGGCGGAGGAUGGUGGGAAAUUGUGUCGAUGGGCUGGGGAAUUGUACCUUGAGUUACACAAUGGUACAUACACAACACAUGCCAAAGUGAAAAAAAUGAACAGGAAAUGUGAGUUCUUGCUACACGAUGCCGAGUUCAUGAGUUGCAUUGCCAUGGUUAUGCAGUGUAAGGAAGAUCUGUAUCCUAGUGACGAGUUGUUGAGAUUGUGGAAGUUGCUUCUCUUGAACCAGUUUCAUGACGUUUUACCAGGAUCCUCUAUUGGCAUGGUAUAUGAUGAUGCCCACAGAUACUACAAUGACAUAAUGCAGUCAGGAAACAGUCUAUGCACACAGGCAUCUCACCAUGCUAUAUCAAAAUCUGGAACAAAAGCAGACGGCAUGCAGAACUGUCAUGUGAUCUGGAACAACCAAUCAUGGGACAGGACCGAAGUCAUUGCUGUGAAGAAGGCUGAUUCUCCUGGAAAACAGCAAAGUAAGAAGAGAAAAGUUGAAGAUGUUUCUCAAGUAGACAGUGAUGGCAAUAACUUGUAUUGUGUGACAGUACCAAGCUAUGGUUAUAGUGUUCUCAAAAAUGAUACUGGUGUAUCUCCUGUUGAAGUUAAACAUGUGGAAGAUGGUUUGAUCUUGAUGAAGAAUGAAUGUGUAGAGGCAUAUAUAGACAAGACUGGUCGUGUUACUAAAAUGUUUCUACAUGGGUCAGCAAGAAAUGCAGUGUCUGACGAGUUCCCAGCCAAUCAGUUUAUCAUACAUGAUGAUAUUCCACUGUACUGGGAUGCCUGGGACAUCAUGGAUUAUCAUCUUGAAACUAGGAAACCUGUGGAAACAGUAAUGUCAGCUUCAAGGAUAGUAGAGAAGGGACCUUUGCGAGCUGCUGUUAAGGUACAAUUAAAGAUAAGUGAAAGAAGUCAUAUUGAACAGUUGAUCAUACUGGAUGCACAAAGUCCCUAUCUCAAGUUCUCUACCAAGGUAGUGUGGAAUGAGAGUAGAAAGUUACUGAAAGUAGAGUUUCCAACCAGUGUACAUACCAGGGAGGCAACAUAUGAUAUUCAAUGUGGACAUAUCAAACGGCCAAACCAUCAAAAUACAUCCUGGGAUACUGCAAGAUUUGAGGUUUGCGGUCAUAAAUGGUCAGAUUUAUCAGAGUAUGAUUUUGGUGUGGCAGUGCUCAACGAUUGCAAGUAUGGUCAUUCAGCUGUGGACAAUAUUCUACGCAUGUCAUUACUUAGGUCACCAAAGUCUCCUGAUAACAUGGCUGAUAUAGAGACUCAUGAGUUCAAUUAUGCUCUAAUGCCCCAUCAUGGUACUUUCCAGGCUGCAGAUGUGAUCAAGCAUGCAUACUGUUUUAACAAUUCCUUACAUGUACAACAUCAGCAGAUUGAUAUGACUGCUCCAAACAGUCACAGCUACUUCAAGCUUGAUAACAAACAAGUUGUUCUAGAGAAUGUAAAAAAGAGUGAGAAAGACAGAGCAUUAGUGUUAAGGUUUUAUGAGUCAUAUGGUGGUGCAUGUGGCACAACCGUGUCAACUACCAUACCAUUGCAGACAGUUUCGGUAGUCAAUGGGUUAGAAGAAGAGCAAAGGAAUGACUUUGUCUUGGAUGCUGGCAAGGGACAAAUAUAUUUCCCAUUGAAACCAUUCCAAAUUUUGUCUCUUAAAUUGUAUCCUAAGUUGGAUUAGAUGGUUUGUCAGACUCAGUGAGAAGCUAGGCACAUAUUGUUAUCAAAGACAUAGUUUAUUGAAUACUUUAGCUUUACUCCUGUACUUUUCACUAAAAUAAUACUUACUUGAAAAAAGGUACACUGCAAAACCAAGUUAACGUAAUUAUGCAGAUUUUUUAUUGUUUUUUUUUUUUUAGCUUUAGAGCAUAACUUAUAUGUCAGGGACAUUUCUUCAAUUUUUCUGUUUACAUUGUGUGUGCACUGUAAAUUAAUGAAAUGCAUGAUUUCUUUAGUGAUUGAUUUUAUUUUCAUUUGAUUUUUAGCUCGACUAUUCGAAGAAUAUGAGAGCUAUUGUAGUCGCGUCGGUGUCUGCGUUGGUUAAAGUUUUUUGUAAAGUCAAAUAUCUCAAUUAUUGCUUGAGAUAUUUAAUUGAAACUUACAAUACUUAUUUAUAGUAACAAGGUACAUCAGAUUGACAAGUUGGAUAACUAUGUCUACAAUAUUGACAGAAUUAUGCCCCUUUUUAACUUAGAAAUUUUGGUUAAAGUUUUUUUGUACUCAAUUAUUGCUUGAGAUAUUCAAUUGAAAUUUACAAUACUUUUUUAUAGUAACAAUGUACAUCAGUUUGCAAAAUUACAUAACCCUGCCUGCAAUAUUUGCAGAAUUAUUUGCCCCUUUGAAACUUAGAAAUUUUGGUUAAAGGUUAAAAGUCUUCAAAGAUAUUUACUUGAAAUUUUACACAUGUACUUAGGGUCAUAAUUUGAGGGUCAUAAUUGUAUGUCACUGACCAAGUUCCAUAACUCUAUCUUGCAUUAGGCUGAUUCAUCUCCCCUUUUCUACUUAGUCUCUUGGUUAAUGUUUACAUGCAAGUUUUACAGAUCUCAAUAUUUAAAACUUCACAUAUGCAUUUAGAAUCAUAAUUGUAGGUCACUGACUAGGAUCCAUAAUUCUAUCUUGCAUUUAGGCUGAUUUGUCUACCCUUUUUCAAAUUCAUGGUAAGCUAUUAUCUCCAUAACUACUGAAGGGUUUGUGCCUUUUUUGGGACAAUUUUAUGCAUUCAUAAUAAUAAAGCAGUGAUUUACUUGAUAAAACAUCUUAAUAACAAGCCUUUGUACCUUUUCGGUCAAUUUUAUGUAUUCGUAGGUAAUUAGCAUUAUUAUACUCAAUAAAACACCCUUGUGACAACUUUUCCAAUAGUCGUGUCAAUACUGUCCUCCGACAGUUCUUGUUAAUAUUGAACUUAAUUAUCAAACCUUUUGAAUGAUAUUUUUUUUAUUCUCAUUUGUACCAUUGUUUAUCACAUGUUACAUGUUAGCUCACCUGGCAUACAUUUGAACAAUAUCAAAGUGAGAUAUUGGGGUCGCUCACUAGCAUUUGUUUAUUGUAGUACAUGCACCACUCACAAGUACAUAUGUUCACAUUUCCAUUUUAAUUAACAACUUGUCUGGUACCACUAGUAGUAGGACCUACAUAAAAGAAACAUUGCAGGAAUUUUCUGUGCAUGAAACCAUACUAGUCUUGUAGUUCUUAAAAUACAAAAACAAAGCAUUAUCCAAUGGACGUCUUCUUAGUUCUCUAAAUCAUGCCUCUCUCUUCAAUAGUGCACCUGUUCCAGUAGUCAAAUAUUUGAUUUCCAAAAAACAGUUAUAUUUCUCAAUUUUAUCAUAUCCCUUAUUUAAUUUUAUUUUAUUUAUUUACUGAUACCUUUUCUUAAGGGCCAUUAUGCCCCAGAAAUGCUUUAAAUUUUAUUUCUCAAAACCCUUUUUUUGGUGCCUUAGGAAUUUACUCAUUGGUCAAUUACCUGAACAUCUUUUGCAUCUGUUGCUUUUGUUAAAAUUAAUAUAGCUAUAGUGAAUUGGUAUAUUGUAUGGGAGUCAUAAUACUACUUUGUUUACAUUUAGCUACUUUUGUGACAAAUAAUUUUACACCGAGUGCUAUUUAUUUCUACUGAUAAGUGUCUUACAUGCUCUAAAACCAUUAUUUAGACAUACCAACAUUAUAGAUUCUUGACAUAUUGAAAGGUUGGCCUGGCCCUUUACCGGUGGAAAAGGUUAAUUAUUGCCUUUGCUGGCAAGGCAAGGGUUGAGACUAUUUUAGUAUGAUGUUUUUUGGGAUUUUUUGUAAAUCACAUUGUAUACCCCAUUUUCAUAUUGUCAUUAUGUAAUUAUUAAUAAAGUUAUCAUCAUGGCAGGGUUUAUUUUUCCUGACAAACGAGGGUUACAUCAUGUUCAUUUUUCUGUAUAAAUAUUUUAGUAUUUUAUAUGGUUAUUUUUAUAGAUGUUAUACAUGUAUAUUAAUCUGGGAAUGAAAUUUAAGUUAAUAUUAUACAUGUAUGUGCAAUCAUGUAGCAUUGUGAUUUCCCCUCUUAAAGUCGGGGUAUAAUUCUUACAGCUUUAAAAUAUAGAAAAGGAA